ACACCGACAUCACUUAAUUGGUCUCUAGGGUUUCCAACAUUUCGCUGUGCGACACAGCUCUGCACACAUAUUCAUUCUUUUCUGUUUUUUUUUUUUUUUGGUUUUUAUCUCAUACAUAUAUAUUCUUUUAUGUUUUCUCAUCAUAGCCUAUUCGUAAUUUCCGAAAUCACUCCAAGUUUCGAGAUUAUACUCCGAUAAUUGGAGCCUUACCGAAAUCGUCAGUCUCUCCGUUUAAUCUUAUUCUCUAAACAAUAAUUGUGCGCUGAGGAAUUGCAAAAUGGUGAGAACUGUGAAAACUCACCAUGAAGAGGACGAAGAGGACGAGGAGGAGUUUUCUUCCAGAACUCCUGAUGGCUCUUCUCAAAAGGGGAAGAGCAAUGAUGGGAAGGGAAAUUCUCAUCGUUCAAAGCAUUCUGAGACGGAGCAGCGAAGGAGGAUCAAAAUUAACGAGAGAUUUCAGGCUUUAAGGAAUCUCAUACCUGAAACUGAUCAGAAGAGAGACAGAGCUUCAUUCUUGUUAGAGGUUAUACAGUAUAUCCAGUUUUUACAAGAGAAAUUACAGUGGUAUGAGGGAACCCACCAAGGAUGGAGUGCAGAACCCUCGAAGUUGAUGCCAUGGAGAAGCACUUCUGGGCCUGUAGAAGGCUUUGUAGAACAGUCUCAAAUAAUCAGAAAUGGCUCUACUCAUGAAGAUAAUAUUGUCAUUAACCCUACGUUACUUACAAGUGCACAGAACUCUGUAGAACAGAACUUGAGUGCCGCUGCUUUAUAUACAGAUGAGCCCCAUAUGGAAGCGAAUGAAGCAGUUGCCUUUAACAUGCCACUGCAGUGUAAUCUAUUUGAAAAUGCAUCCGUUCAACCUUCUCAAUCGUCUCCUGAUGCUGAGCAUUGCGCUUCCCAGCCGCAAUCGUUAUAUUGGCCAGGUAAACAGGAUGCAAUCGACUCUGAUGUUCCGAGCUAUGGUAGAAAUGAUCAAGAAGAAGUGAAAGUUGAUGGUGAAGAAGCUGGCAUCUCAAAUGUGUAUUCUCAAAGGUUGCUGAGCACCUUAAACCAGACACUAGCAUCUAUGGGAGUGGAUUUAUCACAGGCCAAUGUUAAAGUACAGCUUGAUAUUGCAAAAUGCCCAAGUAGUGGAACCACUGCUACAACGUUAAUUACUCCAGAUAAUUAUGAUCACUCUCGUAAAAGGCUUAGAACAGAAGGUAGCAUGUGAUUGUCACUCUAGCAAGAUGAUUCCGCUCCUAAUUCUUCUGAAUCAUAGUUGUAGUUUUGUCGGCGAGACACUUGAAGAGGUCGGUGCCUGUGGACUUGGUUUACUGUGCAUGCUGAUGGUCUUUCAUCUGCUGGGCUGCUCAAAUCAUUCAAGACUGCUGUAGUAUUUGUCUUCUUUUCCCCAUAGGAUAAAAGGCUUCCAUUUGAGUAUGAGAAGCUGCAUUUUCAUUUGUAAGGGUAUUUGAUUUAGAAGUUAAAUCUUAGUUCACUUUCUUUUCCUGUUUCUCAGUCUUGUAAAUAUCUAUCAGUUUGGUUUUAGCAACUUUUCUCAUACCUAAUCGUUCGAUGUGGCUAGGCCUGUCUUUUACAAGUCUGGUCUGGUUUCGUAGUGAGUUUAAAGAAGAAUUCCAAGUUUGUUGCAAAUCUCAGUAUGUCGUUUCUUUUAAUUCUCAUUUUGAUUUUAUAAUAUUACUUAAUCUUUCCCAGUUUA